UCUGCAGGUUAACCUGAAGCCCAAGAUGGUUAGCGUGGGCACACAGACUUCAUUAAGCCCACAAACCUCCACUCCCCUCGCUAGUCCUGAACAGACAGUUGACGAUGAUGAUGAUAAUGCCACUGUCAUCAGUAACUUGUCGUGGGUGCCCGAAGAGCCGAUGGAUGAGGAGGAAUUGUUUGAUGAGGAGCAUCCAUGACCAUGACACCCCUGCCUUCUCCAGUUGUGCCCAUGGCCCUCUAGACGGAGAUCAGCGCAACAAAGAGUGGCUGGACCCAGGCUCAUUGGCAGCAGUCAAGUUGGAGAACAUAAUGAUGAGGGCUGCCUUACUGAAAGAUGUUCGACAGCUGUCUCCACAGCACCAGACCUUCUCGCUUGAGGCUUACCACUCCCUCAUCUUGCACUUCACGCCCAAGCACACAGGGUUUUCAUACCUUGGGAUGUAUAGCAGGCUUCUCUUAGCGGCGCUGCAUUAUAAUCAUAAUCAUAAUGCCAAUCGCGAGACAGCACGGAGAAGUGACGGGACGGAGAAGUACUGCGUGCGGUAUCCACGCUUCAGAAAAGGUGCCCAUGUGGUGCGUCCCAUCAAAGAGGCAGCCUCCUACGGUUAUGCAACAUCAUUAAUGAAGGCCCUUCGGGAGAGCUACGCCAAUUCACCCGCGGUUCUUCGAGAGAUUAGCGCCAAUUUGUCCUCCGAUGCACCCGCCCCCAUCGCCAAAUCCUUCGAACAGAUUCCUAAGGAGGAGGCCGUCAGCCUCUACCUAGCCCGGCAGUCACGCUUCAAGAAAACCUAAUUUGACAUUAUUAUUUCUUUCCACGGACAAGUCCAAUGAUUUAGUUGUUAUUAUUUGCAUGAAAUUUCUUUGUAUGUAAUUCAAAAUAAUUUGGCAAUCAUUUUACCUGUGCCUUGUCAACCUCUGUGUGCGGUGUUGUCUGGGCUCACUGUGUGUCUGCUUGAUGUGCUUUUGCAUGUAUCACUGCAUGUAUGCAUGCAUGAAAUAGUAUGUGUGUGUGUGUGAGAGAAAGAGAACCAGCAACUGACCCUCGGGUAUGACCACACUAUUGCAGAAUUAAUUAGAAUUAGAAUUAAACAUUGCGGGUCUAGCCCUUCAUCAGUGUUCCUUGUAUGUUUUGUGCCUAACCAUUUUUUUUAUAUAGAUUUAAUUCCAACCUGUGUCUUUGUUCAGUAACCAUUACAAGCAAUGCCAAUAACUUUUUUUUAACCAAAAUGCAUGUGUUCUGUGUACUUUAUAACAUUUUAAGGGCAAUUGAAUGAUCACAACAGAAUAAGAAUAACAAUUAUUUUUAUUAAUUUUCCUCCAAACAAGGCCAUUGAAAGCCCUGAUAGGUCUGGUCACCAUUCUAGAAUUGCUGUCUGAUGGUUGAAACCACACAAGAGGGUAGAGGCUUCCUUAUACUCCUUAUACUCCUCCCUAAAAUGCCAUCAGCCCAGCGUAUAGCCUGCCUGUACGCAGUGUACCGGUAUUGCCUAGUAGGGAUAAGUAGGAAAGAUUCUUAAGUUUAAAACUCUCUGUAAGUAGGUUGGAAACGUAAUUUUAAGCCUGUUUCUUAUGCAUGUUUUUUGUGUAUGCAACACAUCUCCUGUCACCUAUAACUGUUGGU